AUGCAGUAUGUGGAGAUCCCUGUUCCAUCACUGAAAAAAGGUGAAGUUCUUAUAAAAGUUGAAGCAGCAAGCAUCAAUCCAGCCGAUUGUCGGAUACAGAAGGGACUGCUACGUCCUUUUGUCCCUAAAUUUCCAUUCAUUCCAGUAACCGACGUUGCUGGAGAGAUUGUUGAGAUUGGUUCUGCGGUUCAAGAGUUCAAAGUUGGCGACAAAGUUGUUUCCAAGUUGAUAUUCUGGAAAGCUGGUGGCCUCGCAGAGUACGUGGCGGCAUCGGAGAGCAUCACCGCCCCCCUCCCUACCGGCGUGUCCUCUGCGGAUGCCGCAGGGCUCCCCGUGGCCGGCCUCACGGCGCUUCAGGCCGUGAAGGCCAUUGGCACCAAGUUCGACGGCACGGGCGUCGGCAGCAACAUCCUGAUCACUGCUGCGUCCGGUGGCAUCGGCUCGUACGCCGUCCAGCUCGCUAAGCUCGGGAACCACAACGUCACGGCCACCUGCGGCGCGCGCAACCUGGAGCUUGUCGCGGACAUCGGCGCCGACGAGGCGCUCGACUACAAGACCCCGGAAGGCGCGGCACUGAAGAAUCUCGGCAGCCACGGCAGAGUGGUCGAAGUAGCUCCCAACUUUGGGAAUUUUGUCGCGUCCAUUCUGACGCUAUUCUCCAAGAAGAAGCUGUCCACGGUUACCCUGUCGCUGGGUAUGGAGGACCUCAGGUUUUUGCUUGAGCUGGUGAAGGAAAGGAAGCUCAAGACGGUCAUCGACUCGCGGCAUCCAUUCGAGAAGGCGGCAGAUGCGUGGGAAAAGAGCUUGAGUGGCCAUGCAACGGGGAAGGUCAUAGUUGAGAUGUGA